AGAGUAUUGUCUGUUUACUGUCGCUCUCUUUUCAACCAUGGACUCAAAAAUACUCAUUGAAAUUGUGGGUGUGUUUAAAUACUGCAGUUUCCACGUUGCUAAAAGCAUCGCCGAGGGACUAAAACAGCAGUUUCCUACGGCGUUUCUGGAUCCAGAAAUUAGGCCACUUUUUGAAUUUGAGUGGCACGGGUAUCUCUGCGACAAGAAGAGGGAGCUGCGUGGUGAAGUGUGGCAGUACUCCAGUAGCCUGAUGUGCUUUCUGAACGGCCGUCUCCUCGGUGAUGAAAAGGAUCUCACCAGCUGGGCCAAGAAUCAGUGGGGUUUCACUUUCGCCCGGCCGCAAGCUUUCUACACGACUCUUGCUGAGGAGUACUACACUGAACUCCUCCAGAAAACUGGGCAUCAGUUUGUCUUCAUGGAUGUUGAGAUUGCGGGAGAAGCUGUGGGGAGGUUAAUGUUUGAGCUCUUCUCAGAUAUUUGUCCAAAGACAUCCAAGAACUUUGAGGGUCUGUGCACAGGAGAGCAAGGACUGUCACAGAGUGGCUUCCCACUCUGCUAUAAAGGCUCUCUGUUUCAUCGGAUUGUGCCCAAUGGAUGGGUGCAGGGUGGAGAUAUUUCUCCAGAGAGGAAAGGAAAUGGAGGCGAGUCAAUCUACGGGCUAAUGUUUGAAGAUGAGAAUUUUGCCAUUUCACACUCUAAGCGCGGCAUCCUGGGAAUGGCUAAUAAAGGUGCCCACAGCAAUGGAUCCCAGUUCUACAUCACCCUACAGCCAAUGCCAUGGAUGGAUAAGACCUAUGUUGCCUUUGGUCAAGUCGUUGAGGGUCUCGAUGUCCUGAGGAGGUUAGAAGAAGCUCCAACUUGCAAUGAAAGACCCAAGUAUGAGUGUAGAAUUACAGCCUGUGGAGUGCUUAAACCAGAGCUCAUAAGCUUUAAUCAUUGAUACAUUUUUAAGCAUUUUUUUCCUCAGUUUUUGAAUCAGUAAAAUAAACAUGGCAUGCAUGUUUUCUUUUCCUUUUUUGUUAAAUAAAAGCUUCACAUUUGCAUUUUGAUUUUUUUUAAAACUGCAUUUUUAAGUCAAUAAGCUGUUUCAUUCUUUUUGAUGAAUUAGACACCAUCCGCUAUGUGCAUGUUUGACAGAUGUAAAGUUGUUAAACUUGUUAUAGGGCUUUUAUUGUAAUAUUUAUUCAUCUUCUUAAUUCAUCUUCUAUACAAGUAAAACCUGUGAAUUUGCUUUUUAUUGAUGUGUACAGAAACUUUUACUAUGAGAGGGAUCUUCACUGAAAACCCAAAUACGUCUACUGGACAGAGAGAGCAGCAGUAAUAAGCUGAGAGUUUCAACAGUUAUUGGGGUUGUAAAAGGCAAUUCACAGGUUAUCGCAUAAUGGCAUAAAAACAAAUGAGCUUUUACUUAUGCUUAAAGGAAGUUGGGAAAAUGGCAUACAAUUAAAGUAUGAGAAGUACAGUUUAUCUAUUCUUCACAAGAGCCAUCCUCUUCAUCACUUUCUACAAGGACUGACAGAGGAUGGCUUUUCUUCCUCAUACCACGAGCACUGCAUUUUUACCUUUGGAGAUCCUUUUUGUAUUAUAUUGAGCUUUUAACAUGGCAACAUUUUUUUAAGAUUCUAUUUAUUGACCUCCUUUAUUUCAUUUAAUUUCUUUCUGAUUAAUUUUAAUUAGAUGCUUUUGUAAAACAAGAAUUUCCUAACUUUUGGCAUAAAUUGAAGUGAUCCUGGGGCAUUGACCCAGCAUUUUCUGUUUUUUGGAGUCUUAAGUUAUUUUGAUAUUUAACUAUGUUCAGUUUGAUUCUUAGUUUAGCUUUUUGUUCCAGUUACUGUUAAGUUUAUGGUACUCCUUUCACUUUACCCUACUACCCCUUUGUUCUUCAUGGAUAGUCUAGUCUCCCUCAGUGAAUCCCUGUUUCAUUACUUUCUGUGUUAUUUUGUUAGUUGUGUCCUUUAGUUUACAUCUCCAUGUCUCGUUAUUAGAUUUAGGUCACUCCUCUGUAAUUCCAAAAGUGUCUCCACUCUGCCCUCAUAACCUCUUGAGUAUUUAUACCCUCAGUUUGUUUUGUCAUACUGUGGUUAGUGUUGUUACUGCUGUUUCUUGAUAUCUUCCCAGGCUUUUUUCUCUGUUCCAGUGAACUUUGUUUUUAUCUGUUUUUUGGAUUGUUCCAUUUGCACCUCCAACAGAGGUUCUUUAUUUUGAUCAUUGCUUGCUUUUGGGGUCCUCAUACAGUAUUACCUACCGAUGACAUGGUAUAUCUUGACUCAUUUCACUGUUUUGCUGAUGAUUUGCAGAUUUAUCUACCUUUAAAAGCAGGGUCAGACCAUCCCCAGCUCCUAUUACGCUGCCUUGACGACGUCAAACAGUGGUUGUCAUUAAAUUAUUUAAAGCUAAAUGAAAAUAAAACUGAAGUUGUCAUUUUUGGCAACUUUAAUCACAUCGAUAGCACUCUGGGCCCCCUUUCCUCCUAUUGUAAAACACAUGUAAAAAGCCUCGGUGUCUACAUUGAUGGUUCUUUUAAAUUGAAUAAGCAGGUGAGUGCAGUAGUUCAGUCCUGCUUCUUUCAGUUAAGACAGCUAGCCAAGGUAAAGCCAUACCUUCCGGCUAACGUCUUUGAACGUGUUAUUCACCUUUUCCUUACUUGCAGAUUGGAUUACUACAAUUCAUUGUAUUAUGGUCUAGAUCAGGCCACCAUCCAUCGUCUUCAGAUGGUCCAAAAUGCAGCUGCUCGCCUGCUAACUGGUACCAAACAGAGACAGCAUAUAACCCCAGUUUUAGCUUCUUUACACUGGCUUCCUGUCUCCUACAGGAUCCAAUUUAGACUUUUACUUUUUGUUUUUAUGUCACUUAACGCCCGAGCCCCUCCUUACCUGUCUAAGCUCCUCUCUGCUUAUGCUCCAGGAAAAACCAUGAGGUCUAGCUCAAAAUUAAUGCUGUCCAUCCCACGGACUUAUCUCAAAUCUCGUGGUGAUAGAGCCUUCUCUGUGGCAGGUCCCAGAUUUUGGAAUAGUCUCCCCCUAAAUAUUAGAUCUGCACAAACACUUGAGCAAUUUAAAUCACUACUAAAGACACAUUUUUAUGCCCUGGCUUUUAACACACUAUGACCCAAGCAUUCUGGUCUUAUUUUAAAUAGUUUUAGUUAUUGUUUUAAUUCUUUUAUUGUCCUAUUAUUGUUUUAUAUUGUUAUUAUUGUAUUACAUUGUUGCUUUUU